AUGACUUUUUUCGUGCUGAUAUUGGCGGUUUUGUGGCCGCUCCCGGUAACGCCUGCCCGAGACUAUACCGUACCCCAACCGCAGCACCCCUAUGGUACGCCAGCGGUCACUUCCGGUGCCGCUAUCUUCCAUAUCAACCAGCCUGAGCUAAAACAGCUCCAUCACCCAGGAGCCCAAACUACCCGACACUCCACCCACCCUGAGCUUUCCGACGGACCAACACCCGCCAGCAAUGAAAUCGGACAUCAUGUCAAACGACAUCUCGCUUCCAUCACAUCUUUACCUCACAAAGAAAUCUACGUUACCAAAAGAGAUGGACGCAUGGCGUUUGUCCCUGAUGAGCCCGGAAGGCCUCCGGCAGACUUGAUAAAGGCCCCACUCUGGGUCGAACACGUUCCCACAAAGUCCAAGCACAAAUUCACCAUUGCAAAUCUAGGACAAUCGGAAUUGGUCAUGCAACAAUUCUAUAAGGGCGCUAAUGGUGGCAGACCAUAUGUGACGACCAAUCCUGAAGCGACCACCACAACCUCACGGCCGAAAGCUUUCAGCGGUCGUGAUAAGAAGGACGCUGCAGAAAAAAUCAUCAAACAGGAAUUGAACAGAGCAAGAGUGGCCAAAUAUGGUAAAUCAGCAUCUGGAGGUGGAGCUAAACGUGAUGAGAACAGUAGUGGAAUCAAUCGUCCGCCUUUGCAGGAAAGUGGAUAUUCUGGUGAGCCCAGAAAACUAACUGAUUGGUCUUUGAAUAACAACAGAGUGGACGAGUUCCCUAACGGUUAUGAUGGAUUGUCCGCUCUGCCCGUGAAUUCAGUCUCUAACACAAAAGUGGUUUUGAGCAACGAGGUCAUCGAGGAACCAACCACAGAGUUUAGCCCUACAACAGCGGCUUCCGUUUAUACUCUAACACCUCCGUCUGCCCCUCCUACCAUCAUCAUGUCGGUCGCGCCACUCACACUUCCGCCAUCUCAUCCACUUUGUGCCGUGACAGAAGCAUCUUCAAGUUCGUCCUUUUCUUCAACCGGACCUGCUGCUCCACCCACUGACGCACGUGGACCACAUGAUGUAGAAUACGCAUUGCCAAAAACCAACUUGAUAGGCAGUGUUGACGGUGCGGUCAUGUCACAUAAGGAAGUUUGUAGGCCUUGCGAAUCUGAUUCCACACCUGCACAGUCUGCACCUGCUACACUUGCACCAAUUGCACCACUUCCAUCAUUAUCUGCUCCUGCACCACUCCCACCGUUACCUGCACCAUCUGCACCAGUGCCCCCAGUGCCUGCUCCUACGUCAGUCCCACUAGGAACAACUCAAUCAGCAGCACCAUCGACUCCCGAAAAUGCUCCCUUGCAUCCAGCACCAUAUCAACAGCCGAACCCAGACCCAGGAUCGGUGCUCGUCGAAAUUCCCCCUUCUCCUGUGGUAGCGGAACCAGCUCCGGAACCAGUACCAGUCAGAACCACCGAAAUUAGGGUAGAACCAGCAGUUAUGCCAGGUUCAAACGAACUUGAAGAACCUGUUCCUUCCCCCUUAUCAACUGCUGACAAGUCUACCUCUUCUGAAUCCGUGGUUCUGCCUGAUAUUGCUAAGACUGGGCCAAACAGUUCCCUACCCACGACACCAGCACAUGCGCCAGAAUCAGUGCAUAAGUCUAGCGAAGAGGAUAGCAGAGAAGGGAAUAGCAGCAGUGAAGAAUCACCACAAGCAGUUCCUGCACCUGCACCUUCGGUUGCGAUACAACCCGCACCACUAUCUCUUCAACCAGAGCACACGUCCACUGUUAUACCACCUAUAGCUUCAUCUCCUAAUAUCGCAGAGUCUAACACUUUGCACCCUGCACCCUCUUCUUCUCAGCAUGCUUCUGUUCCUUCGUUUUCCAUAUUGACUGAGUUCAAGUCAGAAGAGUCUGCUCUAGAGGUGGCAGGUGCACAACUAGCAGAACGUCCUGAGCAGAAUGAAUAUAAUAUUAUCACAGGGCCAGUCACUCCGCACACUCCUUCCAGCCUAAGUUACUCGGUUAAAGAUGAAACUCCUACGAUUGCGAUCACAGUUUCCCCAGCACCUCCUCCUCCACCAGCACCUGCUCCAUCUACACAAGCUGUGUCUGUCUCAGUUCCAGCACCGUCUUCCAACAUAGAAGAGGUAGAGCCAGCUCCUAUAGUGCCUGCAUUCGUACAGCAGCCUGACACGUCGGGUGAGAGCACUUACUCAAAUCUCGAGGAGGAUCACGCAGAACCCGAGAAGCCAGCUAUUUCGGCACCAGGUCAGACAUCUGCUUUCGAACAGGAACCUGCACCAGAAUUAACAAAUAAUGUGGACGUCAUGGAAGGAGGUGAUGCCGCCUUAGUGCCAGCACCAAGUGCAGCGUCAAGUUUCGUCACGUCAUCGGUCUCCCAUGUAAACAUGGGCAGUAGUUUACCUAGUUCUAGCGGUUAUAGUAGUAACUCUGGUGGCUCCUUCGGCUCUAGACCACCCUACUCUUCGACAGCCGAAAUUACCCCAGCACCGGUUCCUGCUCCUACUCCUGCUCCCACUCCUGCUCCCGCUCCUGCUCUCAUUCCUGCUCCUGUCGCCGUUCCUGCUCCAUCACCUUCGCAAAGUUUCACUUCUAUUUCAGAGGAAUAUGAGAGUCCCGCUCCAUCAUCCGCCACGAAAGAAGCUGCAGUCGUGGCGCCUCAGUACAUCAAUGCUUCUCCUUCUCCAUCAACUGGACUUUAUAAGGGAACGUCGCAGCAGGUGUCCUAUGUACCAGAAGUAGCUGCGCCUAUCCCAGGAGAUAUCGAGGAUACACAGCCUUUUGUACCACAGCCAGGACCCAGUAAGCCAGAAUCAAGCUAUGCAAAUCUCGAAGAAGAUCACCAAGAUCGUGGACCGGUAACGAUUAUCGAUACUGAGAGCAAUGCUCCACAGAGGAAUGUUGGACAAUACAAAGAAGUGCCUCAAGUUUUCAAACCUUCUUACAAUAUACCUUUGAAGAUUAGGCCUAUACAAGUGCAGCCUUCAAGUUAUGAUGUGUCACCUGCACCUAUAAGACCAUACGCACCGCAACCACUCCCACGGAUUAGCAUCCAACCACAGAGCGGUUACCAAGGACCGAAUCUUGGUAGUAGUUACCAACAACAGGGAGGAUACGUCCCACCACAGCAGACGGGAGGAUACGCCCCACCACAGCAAACCGGAAAUUACGUUCCUCCAUCACCAGCUGGAAGUUACGUUCCUCCCCCACAAUUCCAACCUCCUCCGCCACCAAUCCUGCAGCCACAACCAAUCCAGUUUCCUGCUCCACCGCCCUAUCAGCCACUGCCAUCCUAUCAAAUUUCACAACCACAGCCACAACCUCAGCCGGUACCUGCUCCUCAGUUUGCCCAUCUGCAUGUGCACCUUCCCAAGGCUGUAACACUGGUAGCUGCUGCGCAGUUCGAUCGCCUACCUGCUGUCCUCAAUCAACGUCCUCAUUUUGUUGCAAUCAAGUCGUACACUCGUGCUGUGCACCACAGCAGCGAUUAUGCUGUAAUGCACAGAAUACCUCAUGUUGCCCGAAUAUGUUCCAAGGAUGUUGUUGUAAUCGAAACCAGUUGUCAAGCCUCUGUCGACAUCGCACCAAGCGGUAAACCAUUAUUAGUUUGGUGUUCAAAUCUCUUACAAGAGAAAUUUAGAUCGGUUGGACGGGUACUCGGCAUCUGUGGUUCAUAA